AUGACGGACUCGUCACGGCCAGCACACACCAUAGACUGUCAACAUUCACAGAAAAUUCUCCAUGAGUUGAAAUCUUUCUACGAGACUGGUAUCCUCACCGAUGUUACGCUUGUAGCCGGAGAACGUUCCUUUGCGUGUCACCGUAAUGUUCUUGCAGCUUGCAGUCCUUACUUCCGUGCCAUGUUUACCGGCAGUCUUCGUGAAGCCAACAUGGAAAGGAUUACAAUAAAGGGUGUGGAACCGCAGUCACUGCAGUACGUGUUAAACUAUGUGUAUUGCUCUGAAGUAACACUAGACGCCGAGACAAUACAAGGGUUGGUGCAAGCGGCCCACAUGUUUCAGAUUGAACCACUUAUUAAUCACUGUGCCGACUAUUUAGAGAGACACAUUGACGCACACAAUUGUGUCGGUGUGUACAAUUUAGCUGUGCUUAUCACGCACAAGCAGCUCGAGACUUCGGCGUGGGAGUAUUUUAACCUACACUUUGUGAAGGUAGUAGAGGAAGAGGAAUUUGCCCAGUCUCCGACCGAGGUCAUUGAGAGAGUUGUGAAAAGCAGUACACUGAACGUUAAGAAUGAAGAAACUGUGUAUGAAGCCUUGUUAAAAUGGUACACCUUUGAUAAAUGUAAUAGGAAAGAAGUUCUUUGGAAGUGCUUUCUAGAUUUACGUCUGGGGUUCAUGAAGCUGACUUAUCUUUGCAACAAGAUUAAAUGUAAUCAGACUAUUGCCGAAUCCACUGAAUGUUUGAAGUACAUUGAGGAAACCAUACAUGGCCAUUCUGAUGAGGCUGGGAGUAGUGAGGAUUUUCUUUUUGACGGACCCAGAAUUGAGAGACGCUUAGGAAUGUUUGCCCGAGACAUAUUAAUUAUUACCGACAAAGGCUGGGCAGUGGAAGACAACCGAAAACUAGUUUGUCUUGAUCCCAGUUCGGCUGAGCACUGCAGUAUACCAUAUCCAGAUGAAAUGAAUGAGUGUGGUGCAAAAUUUGUGGUUACAUCCAAUAACGAUAUUUAUGCUGCUUCAAGCCAGUAUGAAGAUAGAAAGUUUUACCAAUAUAAUCAUAUUAGAAAAGUUUGGAUGGAGCGAGAACCUAUGUUGUCUGGCCGGGAGAAGUUUGGGUUUGUUUCAUGUAAUGGAUGCGUGUAUGCAUUAGGAGGAGAAAAUGAUUGGGAAAUAUUAACAAGCAUUGAAAAGUAUGAUCCACUGCUCGGCAGAUGGGAGUAUGUUGCUCCCAUGCCACGUGAAGCUAUGGAUAUGUCUGCUGCAAGUGUGGAAAAACACAUCUAUGUUUUCUCUGGAAGUCGCACAAUGAGUUAUAACACCGAGACUGACACUUGGAAUAUUAAUCUCCCGCCCAUGGUGUACCCGAGAUUUUCGAGUGGCAUUACUGUACAUAAUAAUGAAAUUUGGCUAGUCGGCGGUGAGGAUGACGACUCAAAGAAAGUACACGACGUAGAAGUUUAUAACCCUGAGAUAGGGGAAUGGUGGCAUGCUCUGGAACUGUUUUCACCAAUGAAAGAAUAUUACCCGGCUAGUUUGAAUAACAAACUUUAUGUGUGUGUUCUGUCUCCUGGCUUCAAUGAUGGGUCCUCAGAAUCUGUAAUAGAAGGGAGGGAUGAUUUCAGUAUUCUUAAACGCUAUUAUUCCUCUAUUGUCUAUGUCGGCGAUUAUGGUUCAGAAGAUGAUGAAGAAGAAGUUGAAUACGAGGCUGUUAAGUGGUUCAGUCGGAAUACAGAUUGUUUAGCAGCAACGUAUGCUUUACGACCAGAAGCCUGCUUCUCUGCUCGUAUAUUCUUUGAAGCUGAGAAGGAUGAUUAA